UUAAGCCACAGUUCGAUUAAAACCACCGGCCCGGCCGGCGAUUACUGUUCAUUUUUCCGUGAAAAUCCGGCGUCAGUUUUCAUUGAACGUGUGUAUUGUAUAUGUAUAUUUAAUUUAUUGUCGUUUUUUCCAAUUUUUGAUUCGGUGGUUAAAAUCGCGAAUUAUCGAUUCGGGUGAAAAAUUUGGUUUCUGUUCCUUUUUUGUAGGGGAAUGGAAAGAAACGUGUUAUAAUGGAAAGCUCCUGUGCUUGUGAUAAGGUGUUUUUUGAUAAAAGUGUUUCUCUUUUUUUAUUUUGAUUUUUAGUUGGAAUAUAUAGAUCGAAGGAUAUAUAUAUGUAAAUGUAUAUAUUCAUCUUUGAUAUAGUGAACAUAUAUUGGUGAACAUUGGAUUAUUCCCGGGGAUAUCAAGUGGAGGCAGAGAGAGAGAGAGAGAUGAUGGCGAAUUUGUGUGUUGCUUAAAAAAAGCAAAGCGACACUUGUUAUUUGGAUUUUUGAAAGAAAAGGUGUGUUAUCUACCUCGAAAAGGGGAAAUUUCAAUAUUCUUUUGGAAUCGUUUUAUUUGGAGGGGAAAACACGCAAUUUGGUAAAUAGUAAUUUACCAAAUGACUAUUUGAUAAAUGAAAAGGGAGUAAAAAGAGAGAUAGUUGGAGGAGCAAAUUUUUUGGAGGGAAAAGUCAGGGCUGACUUAAAUAGCCUUUGGUUCGAUGAACUGGAGGAGAGUGGAUCAAAUUGUUUGAAGUACGUGAGAGAGCAACGAGUACAUGUUAUGGGUGGUACGAUGUUCGGACCCUCCCGCCAUUGGCUCUUCCUAAUCCUUGGAUACUUCACUAUAGUGACAACAUUCGCUCAAAAUCCCAUUGAAGAGAAAACAACCUUCGAAGCUGCCUUUCAAGGAAGAUGCGGACAUGGUUCACCCUGUGAACAAUUGUGCUAUGAACUUCACGAUGGAAUGUAUGAAUGUGACUGUCGAGAUGGAUAUAUUCUUCACAAAAAUGGAUACAGCUGCGCUGAGCUGAAUUCAACGUCGCCAUCGACGAGCGAGUUUGAUGAAUUAACGAAUGAUUUCGAUAGCGAUGAGCUGAGCAAUGACAACGAAGAAGAUGAGGAAGACGCUGGCGAGGACGUUCUCUAUAUGCGUGAAUCGUCAUUUACGAUACACCUCGAGCCGGCGGUUGUAAAUUUCACUGAUAAUUUCACGAGCUAUGAGGAAUCGGGUAAUGAAAUUCCUCACGGAGUUCAAUUGCGACCUACAUCGCAGGGUCCGAAUUUGGAACAAAAGUUACCCUCAACGACAGAAAGAGUCUUGAGCACCGAAUCUACUUGUUCUUUGGAAUGUGGACCUGGAGGCAACUGCUACAUUGAGGAACAACGAAAUGACGAGGAGGCGGCGCAGGAGGAGGGAGAGGAGGAAAAUCUUUUUGAAGGAAACGACUUCGCCACGUCGAGACGAAAGCAAGAGUCCUUGAGGCAGAGGUGUCAAUGCCCUCUUGGCAAAGGUGGCGAUCGAUGUCAGCAUGAAACGGAAGUGAGGUCACCACGCUUCACGGGAUCGGGUUGGCUCGCCUUUCCUGCUUUAAGAGCAGCCUACAAGCAUGUUCAGUUGGAGCUCGAGUUUCGACCAGAAGCUUGGGACGGUGUUCUUCUACUGGCCGGUGAACGAGAUGAUCUCCAGGGUGACUUUAUGGCCCUGAUACUUCAUCAUGGCUUCAUCGAGUUCAGGUUCGACUGUGGUAGUGGAGUUGGAAUUGUUAGAAGCUCUGAGCCUGUUAAACUCAAUGAAUGGAACACCCUGAGCAUUUAUAGACAUCGAUGGGAUGCUUGGAUUCAACUCAACCGUGAGAAGAGAGUUCAGGGUAGAUCAAAGGGACUAUUUUCGAGAAUAACAUUCAGAGAACCGCUUUUCGUCGGUGGUCCAGGAAACACAACUGGUCUGGAGAGACUUCCGGUCAGAAAUGGCUUCAGAGGUUGCAUCCGACACCUGGAGGCCAACGAACAUCGUUAUCGUUUCCCACUCGCCCCUCGGGGAGAUGCUGCAAAUGGCUUUGACGUCGAGGAAUGUACGGCGGACAGGUGCAGCAAAGUUCCAUGUUCACAUGGUGGAAAAUGUCUGACUACUGGUGGUGAUACUGCUGUCUGUCUUUGUCCUCUAGGAUAUACUGGCGAUCUUUGCGAAACAAGAGUGGAUUUACAAGUACCGUCCUUCAAUGGAUCCUCGUACUUACGAUAUCCGGGAUUAGCGGAAACUUCGCUUUCCUGGUUGGAAUUGGCUGUCACUCUAAAACCAACAGCACGAAAUGGUGUCAUUCUCUAUAAUGGUCAUCACAGCGAUGCCACUGGCGAUUUUAUUGCACUUUACCUAUCAGGAGGUCAUGUGCAAUUUACUUUCGAUCUAGGAACUGGGCCAGCGACACUGAGGAGCGAGUCACCUGUAAAGCUGGGCGAAUGGGUGGAAGUAAGAGUCUCGAGAACAGGACGUCUCGCAUCCCUGGAGAUUGAGGAGGAACCUGCGCAAGAAAUCCUUGCACCAGGAGCAUUCACCCAAUUGUCGUUGCCCCUGAAUCUCUAUUUAGGCGGCGCUCCAUCCUCGGAAAUUUAUUCUCCAAAAAUGAAAACUAAGUCGAGCUUUGUUGGCUGCAUACAAACUGUUAUUCUAAAUCGUCGUGAAGUUGGCAUUCUCGCUGAAGCUUUGGGUGGAGUGAACGUAGGAAAUUGCGGACAUGCCUGUGAGGCUAGACCUUGCGGUGAUGCUGAAUGUCGUCCUAUGAGAGAAAGAUUCACCUGCAGAUGUCGACCAGGAAUGCCGCAUCCAUGCCCAGCGACAAACGAAUAUAUCGCCUCAAUAACUUCACCGUCAAAAUCAAAUGUUGUAUCCCUUGGGCACAUACAACAGGAUAAAUCUGUACCAAGCUUCACUGGCAUCGAAAGCUAUCUCCAUUAUAAUGACGCUGACACCAUGAAAAGGAUUAUCAGCUACAGAGUGGAUAUAAACAUGAGGUUCAGGACAAGUAGCAGUAAUGGACUUUUACUAUGGAGUGGCCGACAAUCGGAUCCUUUGGAGGACGAGGAUCCAAAUAAUGAUUUUUUGUCACUCGCUCUUGAUCAAGGAUUUCUCACAUUAUCGUACAAUCUUGGAUCGGGUGAAGCUGAAGUUAGAUAUAAUCUCACUCGAUUAGAUGACGAUUUGUGGCAUCGUAUCAGAGCCGUCAGGAAUGAACAAUGGUCGUCCCUUAUUGUCGACAGUGGACCUGGAGUUUCUGUCUCAUCUCCCGGUCAGUUACGACAAUUGAACACCGAUACGGGUCUCUUUAUAGGUGGAGCGCCCGAUAUCGUAAGGACGACAGGCGGAAGAUACACAAAAGGCAUUGUGGGUUGCAUCAGCGAUCUUGUGCUCGAUUCAGAUUUUUCUGUUGCUCUUUCACAGCCGGAAUCUGCAACUAACACUGAAUCCUGCAUCCCUUGAGUAAGUCCUUUUGCUCCAGUCGAUGGAAAUCUCGGGAAAUGGAGCUAGGAUAUAAAUAUAUAAAUAAUAAUAAUAAUAAAAAAGAAAAAUGUCUAGUGGUGGAUCUCCUCGAAACAAGUCGCCAGUGACAAACACAAAAACAAACGGAAAAAGAAAAACCAAAGCGAGAAAAAGGCGAUGUUUCAAGUUUGUACAGAUUCCCUCCUUUAAAAAAAAUCCAAAACGGUGGCCAUCCCCGUCACCAGUGAAUGACAAAAAAAGUGUUGUUACCAAAGGAUGGACUCGAAUCUAGUCAGCGAAAAUGGUUUGUUAAUAUCAUAUUUAUCCCUUUAAUAAUUUUCUUUGAAAAAAACACUUUCCGGGAACAUUUUUCUUUCCUCUUCUCUAGAAUCGAAUUGAGAGAAAAUAGAUUGAUUAAAUCUAUCGAAAUUAAUUUUAGUUAAUUUUAACUGAAAUUAAUUUCCGUUUCGAGUAAAAUUUAUUUUUGUGUUUAUUAAAUUUUGGUUAAAAUCGAAAUUAUUUUCGUUUAGAGUAUAAAUUCAUUUCACUUUCAACUAAAAUUUAUUUUGGUUAGAAUCGAAAUUUAUUUUGGUUA